CCGGAGCGUACAGAGCAGCCUUUCAGCCGCCCGAGCAGGGCCCGCCGCAGCCCGCUGCAGCCCUCCUCAGCCGCGCCUGCCCUCGGGCCGGGGUCUGCACGCACUGCACUGCCGGUAGGAAGGGUAAGAGAAGGGGGACCCGCUUAGAAGGGCUCCAACUUCAGCGGACGCGUUCCGGCUAGGGCGGAAUGAGUCUGCUGUGAACGCUUUUUCCUGCUCCGAAUCCCGAGACCCAUGGAAAGUUUUGAAGGAGGAGGCGUGGCCCGGCAGCCUUACCGUUUUCCCCAGGCGAGGAUUCCGGAGAGAGGAUCAGGUGUUUUCAGGUUAACCGCCAGAAAUGCAAUGGCACAUCAUGAUUCUGAGAUGAAAGAAGAAUCUCUAAGGGAAGACCUGAAGUUUUACUUCAUGAGCCCUUGUGAAAAAUACCAAGCCAGACGCCAGAUUCCAUGGAAACUGGGUUUGCAGAUUUUGAAGAUAGUCAUGGUCACUAUACAGCUUGUUCGUUUUGGUUUAAGUAACCAGCUGGUGGUUGCUUUCAAAGAAGAUAACACUGUUGCUUUUAAGCACUUGUUUUUGAAAGGAUAUUCUGGUACAGAUGAAGAUGACUACAGCUGCAGUGUAUAUACUCAAGAGGAUGUCUAUGAGAGCAUUUUCUUUGCUAUUAAUCAGUAUUAUCAUCUAAAGGACAUUGCCCUGGGGACCCUUGGUUAUGGAGAAAAUGAAGACAAUAGAAUCGGCUUAAAAGUCUGUAAGCAGUGUUACAAGAAAGAGAGCAUGUUUCCUUCUAAUGAGACACUGAAUAUUGACAACGACAUAGAGCUCGAUUGUGUGCACUUAGACCUUCAGGCUCUCUCCAAGGACCCUCCGGACUGGAAGAACUCAUCAUUCUUCAGACUGGAAUUUUAUCGGCUCUUACAGGUUGAAAUCUCCUUUCAUCUUAAAGGCAUUGACCUACAAACAAUUCAUUCCCGUGAGUUACCAGACUGUUAUGUCUUCCAGAAUACGGUUAUCUUUGACAAUAAAGCUCACAGUGGCAAAAUCAAAAUCUAUUUUGACAGUGAUGCCAGAAUUGAAGAAUGUAAAGACUUGAACAUAUUUGGAUCUACUCAGAAAAAUGCUCAGUAUGUCCUGGCGUUUGAUGCAUUUGUCAUUGUGAUUUGCUUGGCAUCUCUUAUUCUGUGUACAAGAUCCAUUUUUCUUGCUCUAAGGUUACGGAAGAGAUUUCUAAAUUUCUUCCUGGAGAAGUACAAGCGGCGUGUGUGUGACGCCGACCGGUGGGAGUUCAUCAACGGCUGGUACGUCCUGGUGAUUAUCAGCGACCUGAUGACAAUCGUUGGCUCCAUAUUAAAAAUGGAAAUCAAAGCAAAGAAUCUCGCAAACUAUGAUCUGUGCAGCAUUUUGCUUGGAACCUCUACGCUCUUUGUGUGGGUUGGAGUCAUCAGAUAUUUGGGUUAUUUCCAGGCAUAUAAUGUGCUGAUUUUAACAAUGCAGGCCUCACUGCCAAAAGUUCUUCGGUUUUGUGCUUGUGCUGGUAUGAUUUAUCUGGGUUACACAUUCUGUGGCUGGAUUGUCUUAGGACCAUACCAUGACAAGUAUAUAGAAGUGACUAUAGGAUAUUGAACCAGGAAGUGUAAAAGACUAGAAAGCAUGGAUUAUAAUUGUCUAGGGCUGGCUUAAGGGGUCACAUAGCUACCCAGUGAUCCUCAAAUGGGAAAUGUUUGGAGAUGAGAUCACUAUAUUAAAAAUGAAAAUUAAGUGAGGAAAAUUCCUAUUAAAAAUUUCCAAUUUAAUGUAUUACGUUUUUCAUCCAAGUUAAUUGAGAAGAAUGAGGAUGGGCAGAGACUGCCUAGAACAACCAUUGUAGGUUUAUGAUUGAAAUGGUGACAUGUCUUGUCUCUGCAGAUGGUUUUGGUUACAGCAUCAUCUUUGUGCCUUAUUAAAGAUCAAUAUCUGAAUUCUAAACUAUUACCAAACUUCAGUUAGCAUUAUAAUCUCAGGGACAUCAAAGUUAUGCUAAGAUGUUCUUGUUAUAAAAUGAUACAUUUGAUUGGUAGAUACAUCAAGAAAUGAAACUAGAUAAGCCUUGUUUUUAACCCAAAAAAGUAGAAGGAGUUAUUUCAUCUUCUGGCUUUUUCUCCAUGGGCCUGUGGCAGUUGGAACGAUAGAAACAACAAAAAUAGCAGCAGCUAACACUUCCUGCUGUGUGUUAGACACUCUGCUGGGCUUUUCUGUUUUCUUUCUUACUUACUCCCCACCACAGCCUAGGUACUGCUUUCCUCACUUAGAUGCUCUGCAAGGAGAAAAGAGGUUAAAAAUGGCAAGUAUUGCUUCCAAGUUUGUAUACCAGUACAGCCUUAAGUUUUGACCUUGUUAGUACCAUUAGCCAAAGAACAUAUGAUCAAAUCUGGUUUACAAACUGUUAACAAAACUUAACUUAAACCUUAAGGUUUAAGAUUAAUGUAUAGCUUACUCUUCUAUCAGAAGGUUUAAGAUUAAUGUAUAGCUUACCGUUUGUUAUUGUAUGUAUAGCUUACUCUUUGUUAUUAAUGUAUAGCUUACCCUUUGUUAUUGUAUGUAUAGCUUACUCUUUGUUAUUAAUGUAUAGCUUACCCUUUGUUAUUAUUCUGAUAGCUGUCCUAUCAGAUUAAUGCCAGGUAACCUGGCACAGUCAGACUUUCUCCUUUUCAAGUGUCACAUUUAAUAUGUCUAGGGAGAAUUACUGUUUUUCCUAUUUGAGAUAUUAUAUAAUUAACAAAGUGACAACCUCUGGGUUAGUAGUAAAUCUUGGUAAUACUAUUGCUCUUCAAAUUCCAUGUCACUGUUUUAAAGUGACUCAUGAGAAAAAAUUAUUCUUUGCUAUGAUAUCUCUGAUUUGGAGAACUUACUGUCAGAGCCUGGAAAAAUGUAUUUUUCUUCCUUACUUGCCUCAUGCUCUGAAAGCUUUUCCACCUCUUUGUCACUAGAGGACAGUGUUGCACUGUGUGGAAUAAAUACUGUGCCUGAGGAUUUGGCUUUAAUUCACUGACCCCAAGGUUUCUGGACAAGUGGUCACAUCUCCUUUGUACCCCACCCCCAUCUCCCCUAUCUCAUCAUUAUUCUGGAAGGUGCUCAGAUAAGGUUGCUCGAAUUUUACUAGAUGGCUGCCAUUCUCAAAUGCCGUCUGUUAGGCAUGGUGCCCAGGAUUCUUCAUCUCCCUUGCUGCAUUAACCCUUCCCUCCCCUUCUCUGUGAGGAAAUCUGAUGAUUCUUUCACAGAAAAUAGGUACCUUAAUAUAUUAAAUAAUAUUCCUGAGAUUACCCAGCUAGAAAAUGGCAGAGAUGGGAUUCAAACCCAGGUCAGCCUGACUCCAGUACCUGUGCUUUGACCCAUACUCUGUAAGGCUUUUCUUGGUAUUAUCUAAAACAGAUAAUCUAAAACAGGGGAGCAUUUAGUCUGACAAGAAACAGGCUUGUACUUGGAGAUCAACCGUGAUUGGACAGCCAUGUAGUCAGUCUCAUUCUCUCAAUGAUGUCAAGGUCACCUCGUGGAAAAUGAGGUUACUUGUUUUGUGAGCCUGACUGCAUUACCAUAUGUUCAAUUUUGUCCUUUCAAAGGAUCCAGGUGAAAUUGGGAUCUUCUGAAGCAGCACUGUCCAAGAAAAAUGCAAUUUGGGCUAUAACUGAGAGCCUUGCCUAUACUGUAAAAUUUUCUAGUAUCCACAUUAAGAAAUAAAAAACUGAUGAAAUUAAUUUCAAUGAUAUAUUUUAAGCCUAAUAUACGUAAAAUAUUAUUCCAGCAUGUAUUCAUUAUAAAAUAUUGAAAUAUUUUACAUUCCUUCAUACCAGUCUUUUUGAUCUGGUGGAUGUUUUAUCCUCAUGGCACAUCUUAAUUUGGACUAGCUACCUAUUGGAUGCUGGCUGGCCACACGUGGCUGGUGACUACCAUUAUGGACAUUGCAGCUCUAGACUUAUGUCUGUCGCUUAAAAUCAGCUUUCCCUUUACCCCCUCCCCCACGGAGGAGUGGAGGGAUAGGGGAUAUCUGUAGGAUUGCCCGUAGGUCUGUUUACGGCAUCUCUCACCAGGCUGAUAUAUUGGGGAAAUGCACAGUUGAGUUAAUUCACCGGAUGUACAAGUCAGGGGA